AUGAGCACACAAGCAGAUAAAAAACGUGAAAAUUUACCAUGGGUUGAAAAAUAUAGACCUCAAACAUUAGAUGAUGUGUAUGGUCAAACGUCAAUUGUGACCACCGUUCGUAAAUUUAUUGAGGAAGGGAAAUUACCUCACUUGUUAUUUUAUGGUCCUCCAGGUACAGGUAAGACAUCAACAAUUGUUGCAUUAGCAAGAGAAUUAUAUGGGAAGAAUUAUUCUAAUAUGGUAUUAGAAUUAAAUGCAUCUGAUGAUAGAGGUAUUGAUGUGGUGCGUAAUCAAAUCAAGGAUUUUGCAUCGACAAGACAAAUCUUUUCAAGUGGAUUUAAAUUAAUCAUCCUUGAUGAAGCUGAUGCAAUGACAAAUGCAGCACAAAAUGCUUUAAGAAGAAUUAUUGAAAAAUAUACUAAGAAUACUAGAUUUUGUAUUCUUGCAAAUUAUGCUCAUAAAUUAACACCAGCGUUAUUAAGUAGAUGUACUAGGUUUAGAUUUCAACCAUUACCAAGUGAUGCUAUUGAACGCCGUAUUGCUAAUGUUUUAGUCCAUGAACAUAUUAAAUUAAGUGACCAAGCUAAAAUUGCGCUAUUAAAAUUAUCAAAAGGUGAUAUGAGACGUGUAUUAAAUGUAUUACAAGCCGGUAAAGCAACAUUAGAUGAUCCAGAAAAGGAUGAAAUUACAGAUGAAACGAUAUAUGAAUGUUGUGGUGCACCAAGACCUGCCGAUGUUACUGCGAUUUUAAAAUCUAUAUUAGAAGACGAUUGGAGUACAGCAUAUUAUACAUUAAAUAAAAUUCGUCAAACGAAUGGUUUGGCAUUAAUCGAUUUGAUUGAAGGUAUGAUUGAAAUAUUAGAGGAAUAUGAACUACAAAAUGAAACAACUAGAAUUGAACUUCUUACAAGAUUAGGAGAUAUCGAAUAUUCUAUUUCAAAAGGUGGUAAUGAUCGUAUACAAUCUAGUGCAGUAAUUGGAGCCAUUAAGACAAGUUUUGAAAACGAAGUCCAGACCCAAUAG